AUGUGACUCUGCGUGCAUCUACCAGUCCGUGUCAAGGCCGUCUGGAGGUCUACAACAGUAACCGUGAAUGGGGUUUGGUCUGUCAUUACGGCUGGAAAAAAGAAAAUGGAGAGGUUGUUUGUCGAUCAUUAAGAUGUGGAGACCAUGUGCACUCUGGUAUAGAAGAGGUUCGCUACAAAGAUCAACCUCGGCCAGAACUGUACUUCAUGGAUCAAGUGCAGUGCAGAUCUGAUGGAAAGAGCCUUUGGAAAUGCCCAUUUGUUGAACCAAAAGAUCCCAAAAAAUGCAAGGGAGACAGCUUUGUUGCUGUUGAUUGUUCUGGUAAUGUUACACUGCGUUUGAAUCUGAAUGGUCAGACUGAUAAAUGUGCUGGAGCAGUCGAGUUUCAAACACACAACAGCAUCAUUGGUGUCUGUAAUUCUAAUUGGGAUAAAGCAAAGGCAGACAUGGUAUGCAAGGAGCUUGGUUGUGGGGAUCACUAUUAUAUCCCCAAAGGUGGAAUAUUUAAAACAGAACAGAACAAAGAAAAUGUGAAGCUUAAUUGUGUUGGGAAUGAGAAGUACUCUUGGCAGUGUAUGGAGCCGGCAACAGACUGCCAGGAUCGAGCCAAUGUCAUCUGUAGCAAACACAGGAGGUUCCGGCUUAGGGAUGGCAAUAAUGUAUGCUCUGGAUCAGUGGAGGAGUACAAUUUCCCCAAAAAAUCAUGGGAUCGUUUUAAGCAGAAAGAUGUUAACCCUGAGUACAUCUGUUCUCAACUGAACUGUGGCUCCACUGGAAAUUUCACAAAUAAUAACGGAACAAACAUUCUGACAUGCUCAGACAAUGUCCGGCUUCGCAACUUCCCAUCAAAGUGUUUUGGAGAUGUUUACGUUGUUGUAAAUGGAGCUGAAUACGGAGUUUGCUACCCUGAUUUGAGUCAGGAUCAGCUCCAUCAGCUGGGGAAGGUGGUCUGUCGAGAGCUCGGCUGUGGUGAGGUGAUGGAUGUGAAACGGGGGUCUAGAAAUACUGGUUUGCUGAGUAAUGUUGAGUGUCAGGGUGACGAGGAGUCACUUUGGCAUUGCCUGACAAGGCAUGAGCAUCGAUCAUGCGACACAACUAGAGUUACAUGUUCAGGCAGCUUGGAUGUGCGUUUGAAGGACGGUCUGGGUCAAUGUUCUGGACGUGUGGAGGUGAAAUGGGAAGGGUCAUGGUGGUCCAUUCAGUAUGAUAAGACCACUGAAAACCUUAAUAUGGUGUGUAAACAUCUCGGAUGUGGAAAUUCUGUCAUAAUGCCUGAAAAACUCUUCGCCAACGGGAAUCUGCAAACACUGAAGCAGUGGAGCCUUAAGUGUAAAAACCCCUCAGCAAAGCUUCAUGAGUGCUUUCAGAAAACAAAUUUACCACAAACACAACGAGAAAUAAUGAAAAUAAUGUGUGAAGAGGAGCAGCUGAUGUUCUUUGAAGGUGAUUCGCCCUGCCGGGGCAGAGUUCGCAUCACGUCUGUUGGUGAUACAGAACCAAAGGGAGAGAUUAGGAAAAACGUCAGCGACGUUUGCAACGCAAUGCAAUGUGGAAAUCUGCUUUCAUUUGAGAAGGAGCCAAACACCACAUCUGUUAAUGUCACAUGUUCAGGGUCAGUGAAUGUUAAGCUUCAAAACCCGGCUGCUGAAAGAUGCUGGGGAGCAGUGGAGGUCUGCAGAGGAGAAAAGUGUGGAGGAGUUUGCAGAGAGACAUGGACUUCUAAACACUCUGACAAAAUCUGUCAGAAUCUGGGCUGUGGAGAUUCAGUUCCGAGCGAGUCAUUUCAGACGAAUGCUAAACUAUCUGUAAAUGACUAUAGCGUGCACUGUUCAAGUUAUGUGCAGAAAAUGAGCAUGUGCAAUUAUAUUCCCAUCAAAGACUCCUGCAACAGUCCAGCCCAAGUGAUAUGCAAAGGCAGCAUUAAAGCUAGACUGGAGGAUCCUAGAGACAAAUGUGCUGGAAUUGUGUCACUGUUUUAUGCUGGAGCGUGGACGCCCAUCUGCCGUGACAGUCUUAAUAGUGUGCUUAACAAUGCAAUCUGCAAGGAAUUGGAUUGUGGGGAGUUAACUGAUAGUUCGAAUAAGGAGCUUGAGUUGGAAGGAAUUCAAUGUCCAAAUACUGCCAAAUCUGUUUCCGAAUGUAACUCCAAAACGAUUUCUAUAAAAACAAAAUGUCAUGUUGGCUUUUUGACAUGCACAGGACAAAAACGACUGCUCCUCUUUAAUAAAGAACAUGCAUGUAAGGGUCCGGUGUACAUGUAUACUCAAAAAGAAACACUGUUCGUUAGCAGUCAGGGAUGGAGCAAAGAAGAAGGCCAAAUCCUGUGCCAGUAUCUGCAGUGUGGAAACUACAAAACUCACUCAAGCAUAUCCAAAGACGAUACACAUGCAAGCAAUUGGUGGAAUAAGACUUAUAACUGCUCGGGGAAGAUGAAUAUGUGGGAAUGUGAGAGAAAUGAUCAGCCUGUCCUGCUUCAACAGCAAUUACACAUUGAAUGCGAUGCUGAACCAGCUGUUAGGCUCUCCAAAAACUGCUCAGGCGAGGUGCUCAUUGAUAACAAGACAGUUUGUCAACGAGAGUCUCAAUGGACCAAUGACAUGUCUAAUGAUUUAUGUGACAGCCUCAAGUGUGGUAAAGCCAUCCACUACUGGAGCACAUCAGACCUCACUAAAAAUUCCUGGCAAUUGAGCUGCAAUGGAAAAGAGACGUUAUUGGGGCAAUGCAGCCGGACAGAGGCCAUAUGUAAUAAGAUCUCUGUGGUCUGUCAAAGCAGUUUAAGCUCCAGACUCAGCUCCACUGAGAAGUGUGGGGGAAAACUUGUGAUCAAGUAUGAUAAGUGGCAUUAUAUAUGUGGAGAUAUGAAUAACUCUGAGGUUUGUGGUGUUCUUAACUGCACACAUACGGCACAGAAACCAGUGGAUGAAAAACAAAUAGCCAGAGAUAAAAAGGUUUUCAGUCGUUGCCCAUUAAAUUACUACAGCUUUUCUCAGUGUGUUGAGUCUGCACAAGCAACAUCAUGCAAUCCUGCUGAAAUCAAAUGCGAAGGUUAUGUUGAACCACAGGUGAGUUCUUCACCAGGUCUGAUCGUGGGUCUGAUACUGGCUGUGCUUGUGUUGGUGGUUUUGGUUUUCAUGUGGAUAAAUCGCAAACGUCUGCUUUUAGCCUUGAGAAAUUACAGAAGCAAAGAAAAAGACAUCAAUGUUAAUGGGAAUGAAAUGGAUAGCAUGGAGGAUGGAGACUUGUCUGAACGAAAGGCUUCACUAUUGGAUCGUGAUGACUAUGAGGAUGUGGAUUCUGUCAUGAAGUCAGGAGAGGAGGAUGAAGAUGAUGAUAAAAGUCAAGGAUCCUCUGGAACAGAAUAUGAUGACAUUGAAGGACAAGCCAAUAGCAGAUCUCCUUCCCAAACCUUCAAUGAUGAUCACCUCAACCGUCCACUCCUUCCCAAGAGACCAGAGGACAUUCUCGCAGAUCAAGACUUGUAUGAAGUGGAGACGGAGAGGGAUGACUAUGAUGAUGUCAUGUCCAUCGAGGCUACACAUGAAGAAAAUGUAGAGACGACAAAGCCUGAGGCAAGAGUAGAUGUAGAUCUGGAGGCAGGGGCAGAUUCAGAUUCAGAAGCAGGUAUAGGCACAAAUACAAAUGGGAAGGUGGUGACCACAGAGGUGGAGGUUCAUUCUUAAACAGAAUGAUGAAGCAGACCCAACUUCAUUUACUUUACUGGGAAGAUAACACAGUCCCAUUUACGGCACAAAUGGUAAUAUCACUUUAUUUUGAUGGUCCCUUUAACACAUUUAUUAUAAGUUGCGUAGUAUCUCCAUACCAACUGAUUAUCAUUGGAGAUAUUAAUAUCAUAGAGAUUCAUUGGAUAAAUUGUUGUGUACUUGCAAACAUUUUUUAUUGUCAGAAGAAUGUAAGUGGAGGGGUAUCAGCAGAUAUAGACUACCUGCUAAUAUUCUAAUGAGGAUUAGUUAGCAUGUAGUCGCAGUGUUGAAAAAGGACCACCAAAUUAUAAGUGAUACUCAAAUGAUUUUUAACUUUUACAAUUUCGCACAUACAGUAUAGACUACAUCCAUUAAUCCAUAUACAUUAAUUUUUUAUCUUUUAUUUUACGUCAACAUUGAGACAGAUGUGUUUUAAAACUGUACGUGGAAUGGUGAUUAAGGUGGUCUUGUUUUGCUUUUUACACUUUUUUUUUCCUUUAGUGCAUAAUGUUGCUGCAAGAAAGACAUUCAAAGACACUUUAAAGGAACUCCUUCAAAAUGCCCCUAUUUUAAUCCUGAAUUUACUUCCAGGAAAAUGCACAUCACAGUAUCAGGAAUUUGAAAUAAGAGAAUAUUAUUGUUGUAUUUGUAGCAUUUUGUUUUAAUGACCGAAAGAUGUGAUUUCACAGGCCUAAAAAUUCUACUUGAGUCUGAAUGUAACUCUUUCCAUUCAGACAAAGUGAAACAUUAUAUACAAAGUUCUGUCAUGAAACUCUAUCCAGCAUGCAGGCUGAUAGAUCAUAUCUAAUCUUUUCCUAUAUCAUAAACUACUUGGCACACAGGGGAUUGCUCGCUGUCGCCUCUUUUCCCAACAUUUUAAAUGCCUCAGUGUCGUUUCCACUAGCA